AUGUGGCUAAAUAGCUUUUUUAGUAAACCUAAAAACGAUGGAUGCGAUGCCACAAUUCAGAACUGCACUAACGAAGAUAAGGUUGACGAAGAUAAAUUUAACGAAGAUAAGGUUGACGAAGAUAAAGUUAACGAAGAUAAGGUUAACAAGGAUAAGGUUACCGAGGAAAAGGUUAAUGAGGUAAAGGUUUGCGAAGAAUCAGUCAAAAUCUUAUCAACAAACGAAGAGGAGCCAAUAGUUAAGACUGAUUUGCAAGAACGAGUUGAACACGUAAAAAUAGUACACAAAAAUAUACUAGCAAUACAAAAUAAACAAGAUUUAAAUUGUUCAACUGACACUACAAACGCAAAAAAAAAUGAAGAAAUAAAUAAUUGUAAAAUAGAAGCUGUCCUAAGGAUUAUACCAGUUAUCGAAAAAAAUCUACAAACACUUACCAAAAAAGUAUCUUGUCUAUCUGGCUUAGUUAAUAUGAAACAGCUCAAUGCCAAAAUAGAAACUGACCAAAACAUUAUUUUAAACAAUUCUACUAUAAAUAGUCCAAACUCUUUAAAUAAAUUGAACGUUAUGGAGAAUACAACAACUUCGAAAAAGAAAGAUAUUACACUGGGAAAAGUUUCCAAAAAAAAUAAAAAAACAACUAAAAACAAACUAAGUGUAACAAAAAAAAAAAAAAAAAAGCUGGAAAAACCGGAAAAACCGGAAAAACCUGAAAAAAACCUUACCAAAACUGUUAAGGAAAAUGAUCAAGUGACAAAUCCCGAAAAAUUAGCUGAGAACAAUACUAAGUCAAUUGACCAGGUGACAAAUUAUUUGGAUGGGCGAUUGGAAUGCUUUUUUACAAAAAUACAGUCAGCAUUGUCGCAAUUCAAAAUUGAUAAAAUAAAUGAAAAAUGCGAAAUUAUGGUUCAUCUAUCCGGACUGGAUAAUAAGAUGAACACAAACGAAAUGAACAUUGAUAAAUUAAUGUCCAAUGUGCAACAGUUAAGUAAAAAAAACGAAUGUGAAAUUAUGAAAAAACAAUCAAGUAUUAAAACAGAAAAUAAACAAGACUUGCAAAAAAGUAUAGACGAUAUUAAAAUGUGUAUUGAUUAUCUAAUACAACCAAAUGCAAUUGAUGGACAACAAACUCAACAGUGUACCAAUACUCCAAACACGAACGAAAAUAUUAAAAACAAGUGUACCUCAGAUCGGUGUGUUUGUCAAUUAGUAAACAAUGCUAAUGCUGCUAAUAUACAGAAUAUAAAUUCAAACGAUGGUCACAAUCAACUAAAGAACGGUGAUAUAAUUUUAUGUGAGUUUUUAAAAGCAAAGCUAACUAUGGAAAUGUUUAAACGGAGUGAUCAACAAAAUAAAGUGCGUGAAAAUCAAUUUUCGCAUAAAGUUGACAAUAAAAAAAUUAGCCAUUUGUCAGUAUGUUCAAAAAAAUUAAACAAUAUGUCAAAUAAUAGUGUAGGAAAUCAAAUCGACGAGAAUACAGCUUGCAAUUUAUCAGUUUGUUCAACCAAAUCAAACCAUAUUUCAAAUAAUUGUGCUGGAAAUCAAAUCAUCGACAAUAAACUGAGCACUACAACAGCGUGUUCAAAAAAAUCGAACCAACUAAAAAAUAAUUGUGUCCAAAAGCAAAAUGAAGAACAAAAAAUGAACCAAGUUAUGUCCCAACUAUGUCCCAAACAAUCCAUCCAUCAUUUUUCAAAAGCCUGUAUUGAAAACGAUAUUAAAUUAAACCAAUCAACUUCAAAGAAAUCAGUUUGUGGAAAAAACCAAAUUUGUGAAUUUCUUGCGUCCCAGCCAAUUCCAGAAUGGAUAAGACGGAGCCAAAAUAUCGUUGCAUCGGAUAAUCCAUGCAACAAUCCACCGACAAAUUGCCAUUUAAAUUCUAGUAAGUUAUAUAAUAUUGAACGAAUAGUUAAAGACAGUCGUGAUAAAAAUAAUACAAACUGUACAGUUUACGAAAUUACACAGAAACAAGAUGUUCCAGAAGAAAAUAAAAAAUGCCGUGCUUUUAAAGAACACCCUCUAGUGCCAUGUAAUAGUCUUGAAAAUAAACCUUCGAACGGGAAACAAUAA